AUGGUCACUAAAUCUGACCUGCAAAAGCUCUCCGACAGCCUCCAUGAAGCUAUUCGCACUGAGGUAACUACAACAAAGAGGGAUAUAGAUGCGCAUGAUGGGCGCAUGCACACCCUGGAGACUGCACAGCAGGCUAUUACCAGCAGGAUCGAAGCAUCCAACGCGGCAGUAGCCAGACAAGGCUCCAUGCUUCUACACCUUAGGAGACAGACUGAAGACCUCGACAACCGGGGACGCAGGUCUAACAUUCGAAUUCGCAACCUGCCAGAAUCCACAGGGGAAGAAAGUGUGUAA